AUGGCGAGCAGACCAAGCUCAUCCGCGAGUAAGCCGUCUCAGCCUAGGAUGGAGAUUCCUGUGUGGUUUAGUGUAUUCAUUGGGAACCCCGACCCGACGUCUCCUCGUUUCGACAAUGCUCGUUUCGAUGCCAAUAUCUCAGAUGAAGUCUUUAGAUCUCCCUACACGAACAACUCCUUCGAACGAAUUAGUGUUAGAAGCAUUUACCUGGAGAAACCUGAUCCCAACAAAGAAUUAUCCUUAUUUCGUGCUGUAGUCUCUCUUUCUCUCGCCUUUACUGACGAGAUCUUCAACUGCCUGGAUGGAGGGUGCAUCGUGUGCCAAAGAUACCCGGCCAAGUCUCUGAUUCAUCGGCCCUUGUGCUCAGUUGCGAAUGGAUAUCAUGAAUUGGCUGAUUUUAAGGAGAUGCACAGGCUGAUGUCAACAAUAGCGUCUCACACGAUGCACAUAACACGAAUAGAUGAAGUCAACUGGAGCAUCGGCAGUUUUAUGAGUGAUAAGCCCUAUAUAUGUGCACUCGCUAUGCCUGUUUGCUCUGCGGAAGGGAAAUGCUAUCAGAUUGCCACAAAAAGAGCCCAGGAGUAUAUUGAAGGCAUUUUUAGUGGAGAAAUAGUGCCACAGCCUCUGCGUGACUCUCAACCUGACAAAGCCAGCACAGAGACAUCCUCGCUCAAGAACAAAUACAGCGACAGUAUGACAUCCGAUCACAGCUCUGGAACCCGGAGCAGCUCGCUGGAGGAAUCUGUUGUCGUACGUAGGGUUGAUAUGGAUAAACCGUACAUUAUUGGGACCACUGUUUUUGUUGGAAGACCUAGCCUCCAAAUUCAAGGCCUGCCUCGGCAUAAGCAUCUGAGCUGUUUGGUACUUUCUUCUAUGUUCCCCCAGGAUGCAAUGCCAGAUUCUUUGAAGAAUGAAGCAGAUGCAGCGAUUGAUUACUGUCGUGUAGCCGGCCAUUACGAACAAAAUAUUCUGCAGUGUGCCGAUUUUCGUUGUGUUGUAUGCACCAAGUUGGUUACCGCUAACACCUUGGUGCAUCUUCCGAUCUCGUUCAUCCGAACCGACCGGAGGUGCUUGGAAGCGGGACUUUUGCGACGGCUAAUCAUGAAAAUUUGUCGGUUUGUUGGUGGCAAAUGGACGUAUCCCGAAAUGAACGCUGCUUUGGGCGCUUCCAGUGAUGCUCAGGUCUUCGAAUUGGCAGUCCCAAUCUGCGAACCCAAGUCUCUCUGCGAAGAGAUCGCAAGAAUAUCUGCGCACGAGUUUCUUAGAUUAUUGCUACCCUCGGGCAUGACCCUGCCUUUUCCUGGUUUAGAUCCGGAUACUGAGCUUUCCGCCGUUGAUUCCAUAUUUAGAAGUUUCUCUAGCGACCAGCCAGAGCCCGCAGAGCCCUUGGUCGAAAAGAUCGCUAACGAUUGUCUCAUUUCGGGCGAAGAAGGCUACGGAGAAGAUCCGACGGAUAGCACGUUGACCGUCAGCAAACUGCGACGCUGGUUUGAGAUGUGUUUUCUUGAGGAGGACAUGACACCCGAGGACAUAAAGAAAGUUGCAUAUAGGGUGAAAGGAGAUAGUGGGAUUGAAGAUGAGCAGAGUGAGAUAGACGAUUCGAUUAUCUGGGUUUACGAUCUAGUUGACCUUUCGGAUUCAUCGGAUGAAGAUAGGGGAGAUACGGAAUCCAAUGCCAGGGACGAAAUCAUUGCAGAGUGUCGGGAAAAGCAGCUUUUCCAACCGGUUCUUACCAUGGACUUUUGGUUGUUAUACGAAGCGUUUAAUAAAGGAGUUGCUGAUAAUAAGGAAGCUCAUGCUAUCGAAGCAGCAGAUGUUGAAGAUGGAUAUUCUUCGCACUACAGUUCGUACGAAGAGGAUGCCUCUGACUAG